CCACGCCCAUGUGCACUUGUUAUUUUUUUGUUUUUUUUUCAGUGCAGAGGUCGGGUGACGCCCCUCCCCGACUGCCUGUCCCUCCAGCAUCAGCACCUCCAACCUGAACGACGCGAACCGCCGCCGAGAUGCUCCGCGACCACAGCGCCUCCGAGCCGUGAUGCUCCCCGGGUCGAGCGGCGGUGGCAUGGACGAGCCGAGCAGCAGAGAGACGCUUGAGACGCUGGGUAUAUUAAUUGUUUUGUGCACAUUUAUGCUGCCUCGCUGCCUCCAUUCAUGAUGCACCAUUCAUGCAUCCCUUAGAAUGGAAGCACGUUGCGAGGAAAACAUUAAAAUAUAGCCCUGUGUUUGUGUAGUGUCUCCUCUCUGAGCCUUGGAGCCACCCUCAUUUGAUGAAGUUUCUUUUGCAGUAGGUCAAAGUGAUGAAGCCGUGGCCGCAGCCUGUUUCGCCUUUUCUCUUUUGAGGGCGCCGCACAAAUGUAGGGCUAAUACAAGCCAAGCAAACAAAGGCAUCCAGCCCCCUGUGACGCACCUGCUGCCCUGUCGCCUCUUGACAUGACAGCACAGCGCCGAAACAGGACCACCAGGAUCAAGGGGCACCGACGUGCAGCCGGACGUGUGGACUCGAUAAGGAAUAAAGGAGCCGCCAGACGCACGGCGGAGGAGCAGCAGCAGCCCAGGGGAGGCCGGAUUGCAGUUUCUGGGGACGAGCACCAAGGGCAGUGCGGCAGUCAGCAGACAGACCGGGGGAAGGAGGCUGCGGAGAUCUGUGAUACCUUCCCCCCACUCUCUGCUGCGCUCUCACCUUCACAUCAUCCCAUUUACCACGAAAAGAUGACGGCGGACGGUUUUAUACACGUUCUGUGGUGACUUUAACUUCCGCAGUGAUGCUAUAUUAUUUAUUCCCCCGUUUCUUCUCAACCAAUCAGCGAUGAUUGGCAAUUAAAAGAUUGAUCUGCUCUUCAGGCAAGGGUGGAACCCGGAGGAGACUGAUGUGCAUACUGGACAGGUGUAAUUUGCCCCCUUCUUCACUGGUUGUGCUUACUUUGCUACUCGCCAGCGUUAUGGGCUGCAUUCAGAGCAUCGCAUGCAAGCCGCGCAUCAGACGGGAGAAUAUUGUGGUGUACGAGGUGUCGGCCUCCAUUGACCAGUGUCCGACCAUCAUUGAGGAGAACUCGCCCAUAGUGCUGCGCUACAAGACGCCUUACUUCAGGGCCUCAGCAGGGAUUGUGAUGCCGCCGGUGCCCCGCAACGAAACUUGGGUGGUGGGCUGGAUCCAAGCGUGCACCCAGAUGGAGUUCUACAACACCUACGGUGACAUCGGCAUGUCCAGCUGGGAGUUGCCAGAACUGCGAGAGGGCCGGGUCAAGGCCAUCAGCGACUCGGACGGGGUCAGCUACCCCUGGUACGGCAACACCACCGAGACGGUCACCCUCACCGGCCCCACGUCCAAGCCGUCGCGUCUCACGGUCAGCAUGAAUGACAACUUUUACCCCAGUGUGACCUGGGCGGUUCCCAUCAGCAACAGCAACACGCCCAUGUUGACCCACAUCACCAGGGACCAGAGCUUCAUCACCUGGCUGGUUGCCAUGAACUCUGUCACCAAGGAGCGCAUUGUGCUGCAGACGGUGCGGUGGCGGAUGCGGGUGGACAUUGCUGUGGACCCAGACAUGCCGCUGGGCUCACGGGCGUCUCUGGUGGGUCGUCCCCACCAGGAGCAGCCUCACAUCCUCAACUACCAGGAGCCCAUUCCCCCUAAUGCACUGGGGAGGCCGAACGCCAAUGAUGCCCAAGUGUUAAUGUGGAGGCCCCGGCGAGGGGCGCCACUAGUGGUUAUACCGCCGAAAUAAGGGGGGUCAGCUGCAAAGACAAAGUGACGGCUCCCUCUCAGAGAAAAUGGGAGAUGUCAAUGGGAAUAAAGUGAAUGAAGUAACGACGCCUACCUGAGAGGAGGGGAUUUAUGGUUUUCCUCAAGUUACCAAUGGCUCGUUACCAUUGAUUUGAGUGGACCAUUAUGACAAAUCACAGUGGAUGUUAUGCCUUGAAUGUGGCACAGCGAGGUGUCAAAUUGGAAGUCUACUGAAAACUGGUGCCAGGGGCCGCGAGGCAUCGAUGCCUGUUUGGCCCAGGCAAGUUUUGGGCCGUAUUAGAGUUCUGCCUGCCCUUUGGCAAGGAAGGAACAUUGUUUUUAGACGUACCACAGAAGUAUAAGACCACAAAGAGAACUGCAUCCCGCAUCCUUUAUGUAGAUCUUAUUGCAUGAGAGAGUGAGAGAGAAAAAACUGUCCCUGAGAGGCAUAAGAAUAGCAUUUCUUUUAUAUAACUUGAUACCUGAAGACAUUUUGAUUGAAAAUUAAGUUGCAUCGCCCAUUAAAUCCUGCAGGCUGGAUAAACUUUUGUCAGUGCCACUAAUGGCCUUUUAGCACAUUCAAUACCACACUUAAAGGAUGCAUUCAGAAGUUUUAAAAGAGACAAAGUAUUAUAUGAAUCUUCUGUUAGGUUAAGAUAAAACUCACACAUCGAUUCCGAUUGUAUUAAGAGCACCAACUUGGCAUAAAGGUCUGGAAAAAGAAUCUGCUGUAGUCUUGACUGGAGUUUUCUAUGCACCAACAUUUUUUUUUUUAUCUCAAAAAGUAGCAUCUGCACCCGUUUGCCUCACUAGUGCCAGUAAUAUUGUACUCAUAUGAGUGGCAGACUAUAACAGGGCAAGGUGGAGCUGUUAAGUAAUAGAUUUGGACAAGUGCCAUCCAUCCUCAUUUCAGACAAGAAGCUGAUGUCGGUCUGGGUUAU